UGGAUGACGUUCGGGUCCUCCGAUUACCUCCCGGGCCGUUUCGAACAACCUGGAACACAUGUGGCAGCCAUGUCUGCCUGCUCGACCUGUCGUCAGCAUCCGCGAAUCAUAAGAUCCCGAAGAAAACCAGAACGUUAAACCGUCAUGUCGGCUGAUCUUUUUGCCGCGUUCGGAGACCUGUCGCAGCCGCAGCAACAGGCACCGACGCCUCCGAAAAAUCAAGGCGCGCCUCAUCCCAGCACAGGCAUCACCGUGCCGGUUGCGAGCGACCCCUUAUCUUUCCUGGUCCCGGGACCCUCCGUCUCACAGACACAGCAGGGCAGCCAGAAGUCCACACCAUGGCCUCCGCUUCAGCAGCCGACUGGGGGCCAACCCAGCUCCUGGCUCACUUCGCCCGUCAAUGAGCCAGCGAAGAGCAAUGCAUGGGGUGAUAUCGGUAGCUCAGGAGGCAUCGGGAGCGUCCAGGGUCAAACCAUGCCGUUUCCUGCCGUCCAGGAGCCGGCAACAAUGCAAGAGGACGAUGAUGGCUGGGGCGAUUUUGAGGUGGCUCAGGACAGUUCGCCUGCACAGCCGGCUGCUGCCGCCAGCGCCAGCACCAGCACCAACCCAGCCCAACCCCGAACGCGUGUCAUCAGGGCGUCGACCCUUGAUCUGUUGAGCAACAGGCUGCUAGAUUUGAGUCCGGAUACGUCAGCCCCCGAGCCCUGGCAGCAGCGGCCGUCUUGGGAGACGAACACCAGGACGCAACCGCCGCCAAAACCAGCCAAGCCAGCGCGCCAUCCUGACCCAAACGUCCUCUUUGAUGCCGAUUUCGAGACGGAAAACGGCACGAAUGGUGAUGACGCCGAUGAGUUCGGUGACUUCGUGUCAGGAACGCCUGCUUCCCGUGCUCCAGAAACCGCCCCGGCAGCGUCCGCUCUGGAUCUCCUCUCCUUGGACUCGGCACCUGCAGCACCGAAGAAGCAGCCUCCAGGCUUGCUUCUGUCCAAUGCAGCGUUCAAGGCAAACCCAUCCUCUUACCCCGAAGCGCCCAAGUCCCCUUAUGGUUCGUUCCAAGAACGAAAACCAGAACCAGUGAAGCAGCUCCAAGUGAGCCCUCCCAAGGUGACCAAGGUGCUUGAAGAAUCCAAUCAAGCCUCGCCAUCGCCCGUCACCGCCUGGCCGACAGUCGAGCACGAUGGAUUUGGCGGCAAGUGGGAGGAGUUCAAGGAUCUGCCAGAGACUUCAAGUCAGCCUGCUGCUGCCGCUAAGCCCCUUUCUAAGUUGAAGCCCAACUCAGCCUCCACGUCAGCCAGAGCCACGGCCUCAGACUGGGACUGGCAGGACUGGGGCGGAACAGAAGCCGCCCCAUCCACCGAGCAAACCACCGCGCAACGCCCGCCCACAUCACGGCCCACCAUCACCGCAACCGAAGAAGACAAGCCAGGUCCCCCGCCAACAAACAUCCCGCCACCCGCCAUCCUGCUCUCGCUCUUCCCGCAGCUCCUCGACCUUGCCUCCGCCUCCCUGCUCAAGCCACUGCUCACCCUCUCCCCCUCCUCGCCAGCCUACCAGCGCGUCCUCGCCUCCGAAGCCACGCUCACCUUCCUGCGGGGCUACCUCGCGCUGGCCACCGUCGCGGCCCGCCUCAUCGCGGGGCGCAAGCUCCGCUGGCACCGCGACAAGUUCCUGGCCCAGGGCAUGUCCAUCUCGGCCGCCAGCCCCGCCGCCGCGGGCCAGCGCGGCAUGAAGCUCGCCAGCGUGGACAAGUCGCAGGCGGCGCGCGAGGACCGCGAGGCCGCCGAGGUCGCGCAGCUGUGGAAGGCGCAGGUCGGCCGCCUGCGCGCCGUCGUGGCUGGCGUCAACGCCGCGCACGCGAGGGAAGGGGGCUCUGGCUCGGGCCCGGGCCUGAGGGUGCCGGAGAUCGCGGUCGGCUUGGCGGUCAGCACGGCCAAGGGUGUGCCGACGGCGCCCAAGGCGUGCGUGGUCUGCGGGCUGAAGCGCGACGAGCGGGUCGCGAAGGUGGACGUGCAGGUGGAGGAUAGCUUUGGGGAGUGGUGGGUGGACUUCUGGGGCCACCGGGAGUGCAGGAAUUUCUGGCUCAGGCAUGAGCGGGAGCUGAGACAGCGUUGAGCAGAGCAUUCUGGCUUGCUCUUCGGUUUUGCAAGGGGUUUGGGUGGAUUGUUUGGCGUUUGGGCAGCACCACGAGGAUGCAUU